AUGAGUUGCAGACAGUUCUCUUCAUCCCUCUGGAGCCGCAGCAGCUGCGGGGGUGGCGGGGGCAGUGGAGGCAGCAUGCGUUCUUCCUUCAGUUGCUUCAGCUCCAGAGCUGGUGGAGAAGGGGGCCGGUUCAGCUCUUCCAGUAGCUAUGGCCCGGGAGGCUCUCGGACCUGUGGGAGGGAAGGUGGCAGCAGUUUUGGCUCCAGCUAUGGUGGAGGAGCUGGAGGAGGCUUUAGUGCAGGGAGCUCUGGCAGUAGAUUUGGUGGAGGUUCCAGGGGCUUUGGUGGUGGUGCCGGAGGAGGCUUUUGUGGGACCAGGGGUUCUGGAGGUAGCUAUGGCAGGUCAGGAGGCUUUGGAGGUGGCUAUGGGGGGUCUGGGGGCUUUGGAGGUGGCUAUGGUGGAGGCAGUGAUGGUGGCAUUCUGAAUACUGAUGAAAAGGUCACUAUGCAGAACCUCAAUUCCCGGCUGGCCACCUACUUGGAUAAGGUGCAGACACUAGAGGCAGCCAACACCUCACUGGAGAAGCAGAUCCAGGAGUGGUAUGACACAAAGGGGCCCAGGAUCUUCCAAAAGAACUAUUCUCCUUACUAUGAUACUAUUGAUGACCUCAAGAACCAGAUUAUGGACCUAACACGGCAUGGCAAUAAAACUCUCCUGGACAUUGAUAAUACUCGUAUGACAAUGGAUAACUUCAGGGUUAAGUUUGAGAUGGAGCAGACCCUGCUGCAAGGUGUGGAUGCUGACAUCAAUGGCCUGCAGAAGGUGCUGGAUGCUCUGAACAUGGAGAAUUCUGAUCUGGAGAUACAGUAUGAUGCUCUGAAUGAGGAGCUGAAGGCCCUCAAGAGGAAUCAUCAAGAGGAGAUGAAUCAGCUGACUGGCCAGAAUGAUGGGGAUGUCAGUGUGGAGAUAAAUGUUGCUCCUAGCAAAGAUCUCACCCAGAUCCUCAACGACAUGCGGCAGGAGUAUGAGCAGAUCAUUGCUAAGAAUCAUAAGGACAUUGAGCAACAAUAUGAGUCCCAGGUGAGCAGA